GUCAGUCAACAAAAAAGUAACCUCAAAUUCAGUCGUUCGAUAUUUCGUAAAAUGCUCAGAAAUAUUCUUCGUACCAGCCGGUGGCUGGCGCGGAGGCAAAUCAAUAUUUUACCCUUAGUAGUGCGGCAACAGUCGUGUGCCCUACAUAGUGUAAAAAGUCCCUAUUUCCAUGUUCCGCGAAAUUUUUCCAGUUCAUCUGAAACUGAAUCUGCUGAUCAAGUUGACCAGGUAGUUUUUGAAGAAAUCUGCAAUGAAACUCUAGAAUCUUUAUGCGAUUACUUCGAAGAAAUUGUCGAGGACUCGCCUAAUCUUAAAGGCGCAGAUGUUAUGUACAGUGAUGGAGUUCUAACUGUAGCGCUUGGUCCAAAAUACGGAACGUACGUAAUAAAUAGACAAACACCGAACAAACAGAUCUGGCUCAGUUCUCCCGUCUCCGGACCCAAGCGUUACGACCUGAUUCUUAAAAACGGAGGCUACUGGAUCUACAAACACGACGGCGUCCCUCUACACCGGUUACUCCAAGAAGAAAUAUCAAAAAUAGUCGACAACAAAAUUCAAUUCAAAAAUUGUGCACAUAGUUUAGUUUAGUUUAUUUUUUAGUUAUUUAUUGUAAGUAAAUAGUUUUUUUUUGUUCCAA